CGGCGCCUCUCCGAGCUGUGCCGGCCGCUCGCCAGCCCUCCGCCUGCUCCCUGCUCCGGCCUCGCUCCCCACGCCGCCACCAUGAGCCAGUCCUACUCCUCCAGCCAGCGGGUCUCUUCCUACCGCCGCACCUUCGGCGGCUCCCCCGUCUUCUCCCGCGCCUCCUUCGGGGGCCAGGGCAGCAGCGGCAGCUCCGUCACCUCCCGCGUCUACCAGGUGUCGCGCACCUCGGCCGUACCCAGCGUGUCCACCUUCCGCACCACACGCGUGACGCCCCUGCGCUCCUACCAAAGCGCCUACCAGGGUGCCGGCGAGCUGCUGGACUUCAGCCUGGCCGAUGCCAUGAACCAGGAGUUCCUCCAGACCCGCACCAACGAGAAGGUGGAGCUGCAGGAGCUCAAUGACCGUUUCGCCAACUACAUCGAGAAGGUGCGCUUCUUGGAGCAGCAGAAUGCCCUGAUGGUGGCCGAGGUGAACCGCCUGCGGGGCAAGGAGCCCACCCGCGUGGCCGAGAUGUACGAGGAGGAGCUGCGGGAGCUGCGGCGCCAGGUGGACCUGCUCACCAACCAGCGGGCUCGUGUGGAGGUUGAGCGUGACAACCUGCUCGAUGACCUGCAGAAGCUCAAGCAGAAGCUGCAAGAGGAGAUCCAGCUGAAGGAGGAGGCUGAGAACAACCUCGCUGCAUUCAGAGCUGAUGUGGAUGCAGCCACACUAGCACGCAUUGACCUGGAAAGACGUAUCGAGUCCCUGCAGGAGGAAAUCGCCUUCCUCAAGAAGGUGCAUGAAGAGGAAAUCCGGGAGCUGCAGGCACAGUUGCAGGAGCAGCACAUCCAGGUGGAGAUGGACAUCUCCAAGCCUGAUCUGACGGCUGCGCUGCGGGACAUCCGUGCUCAGUACGAGAGCAUUGCUGCCAAGAACAUCGCCGAGGCUGAGGAGUGGUACAAGUCCAAGGUGUCUGACCUGACGCAGGCAGCCAACAAGAACAACGACGCGCUAAGGCAGGCCAAGCAGGAGAUGCUGGAGUACCGGCACCAGAUCCAGUCCUACACCUGCGAGAUUGACGCCCUCAAGGGCACGAACGACUCGCUGAUGCGCCAGAUGCGGGAGAUGGAGGAGCGCUUUGCGGGGGAGGCCGGCGGGUACCAGGACACCAUUGCCCGCCUGGAGGAGGAGAUCCGGCACCUGAAGGAUGAGAUGGCCCGGCACCUGCGUGAGUACCAGGACCUGCUCAAUGUCAAGAUGGCCCUGGAUGUGGAGAUCGCCACAUACCGCAAGCUGCUGGAGGGCGAGGAGAACCGGAUCAGCAUCCCCAUGCACCAGACCUUCGCCUCUGCACUCAAUUUCCGAGAGACCAGCCCAGAGCAGCGGGGCUCCGAGGUGCACACCAAAAAGACCGUGAUGAUCAAAACCAUCGAAACCCGCGAUGGGGAGGUGGUGAGCGAGGCGACUCAGCAGCAGCAUGAAGUGCUGUAGAGGAGCUGCUCCAGCAGCCCACCGGCACCUUCUGUCCCUGCCUCCGUCCCUCCGCCAUGCGCCCCU